UCUAUAUAUAUAUACAGGGGAGGGGGGAAGGGGAGCCCUGUUGUCGCUUGUCUGGAACCUCUUGCUUGAACUUUUCCUCCCCAAACUUUCGAGAGGAUUCUUCUCUCAUCUUCGACUCCUUUCAUUUGAGUCGUACGUGUGUUGCACCGCCGUCCUUUGUCGGGCACAAACAUCUCGGUUCUCCAUGUCCAACCCAAUGGAGAAGGACACAUCCGUCCAGAUGAACGAGAAGGUGUCGGUGGACGAGAGUUUGGCUGCGGCGGGCGAACACCUGCUCAUUGAUCCUGUGGCAGAGAAAAAGCUGCUGUGGAAGUGCGAUCUCCAUGUCGUGCCUGUCCUCUUCGUACUCUUCCUUCUGGCCUUCCUUGACCGCACGAACAUCGGCAACGCCCGCAUCCAGGGCCUCGAGAAAGACCUCAACAUGGACCCCAAGGGCAACAAGUACAACGUGGCCCUCCAGGUCUUCUUCGCGCCGUACAUCCUGUUCGAGGUCCCGUCCAACUUGAUCAUCAAGCGUGUCGCGCCCUCCACGUGGCUGAGCGCCAUCAUGGUGCUAUGGGGCAUCGCCACGAUGGGUCAAGGCCUUGUCAACACGUACGAAGGACUGGUGGCCAUGCGCGUGCUCAUUGGUUUCUUCGAGGCCGGUCUCUUCCCAGGCUGCAUUUAUCUGAUCAGCAUGUAUUACAAACGCUACGAGCUCCAGUGGCGUGUCAACGUCUUUUUCAGUGCGUCAAUCCUGGCGGGCGCUUUUGGCGGCCUGCUUGCAUAUGCGAUCGCCAACAUGGACGGCACCGGCGGUUACGGCGCGUGGCGUUGGAUCUUCAUCAUCGAAGGGUUAGUCACCGUCGUCGCGGGCGUGGCGGCCAAGUUCCUCGUCGUUGACUGGCCGGAAAAGGCGAGUUUCCUAACAGACGAGGAGCGCCGGCUGCUCGUAGCGCGCCUAGCGAGUGACGCUGGGGAGGCAGUCAUGAACCGGUUGGACAAACGGGCCGCUCGGCGCAUCUUCAGCGACUGGAAAAUCUACGUUGGCAUCGUCAUGUACUUUGGCGUGGUGCAGAGCGGGUACGGCACGAGCUUCUUCAUUCCCACCAUCCUCAACGAGAUGGGCUACUCGGCGAAACGCGCGCAGGUGCUCAGCAUACCAAUCUUCCUGGUGGCGACGGCGGGAGCGCUGACGACGGCAUUCUGCACGGACAAGCUGAAGCGGCGCUAUCCGUUCACCAUCCUGGGCGUGCUUGUCUGCACGGUCGGCUAUGGAAUAUUGCUGGGCCAAAAGGGCCUGACAGUGGGUGUCAAGUACUUCGCCACGUUCCUCAUUGUGCUGGGCACGUACAUCACGCAGCCCGUAUGCAUCGCGUGGAUCUCCAACUGCAUGUCCGGACACUACAAGCGCUCAGUUGCGUCGGCGAUGCAGAUCGGUUUCGGCAACGCGGGCGGAAUCGUCGCCAGCAACAUCUACAAGGGCACGGAGCGGCCCUACUACCACACCGGCUACGGCACCGCGCUGGGCCUCCUGUGGGUCACUGCGUUGAGUUGCACAGUGCUGCUGGUGGGCGUGGCGCGUGAGAACAAGAAGCGAAACCGUGGCGAGCGCGACUACAGGCUCGAAGAGGAGGACGCAGACAAUCUUGGAGACGACCACCCCCAGUACAGAUUCACAUACUGAUCGCAGUCUGCUCUUGGUUGGGAUGAGAGGCAGUUCGAUAAAUUUGCUCCGUCGCUCGGGGGAAAGGACCUCGAUGGUCUACGACUGGGUGUUCGUGACGAAUACGCACAUCGCUAGAACGGAGUCUAGCUGUGCUUUGACGACGGUUUCUUUUGAGUGUGUGCGAGUGCGUAACGGUAGUUUCAAAUAUGUGCUUAGCAAGAACGAAGAAUAUGACUUGAG